ACAACACAAGACAAGACGCUGCUGUUUUAUUUCAUUAAAUAAAUUUCACCGUCCCGACACCCAAGGAUUUCUUCAUGGUCCUUCGAGCAACGUGAGCAUAGUGUGCAGCUCAUCUACAGGUGUUUGCGGCCAAAACGGUGCGACGGAUCAGCACGAUUUUUGCGUCAGAAGUUACGUCGGGCAAGUUUGUGAGUCCAUUCCUGAUUCCAGUCGCCAUUAUUCCUGAGCAACGCGGUAAGAUUGUACUUCAUUCAUUCACUCAAUCAUCGUUGCCGCGGCGGAAGGACACACCGACGUCGAAGUGUUCAAAACCGGAGAAAGCAAUCUUCAUCUGCGUGUAACCGGAUUUACAAAGAAGAACUUCAAUAGUGUUCGUUUAUUUGUAACGAUUUUAUUUCGUCAAACGCGCCGAAGACAAAGGACAACGCAAUACAAAUAAUAUUGCUAUCUCACUCACUCAUAGCAUAUUACGGAACAUUAAUAUUGCUACAAAAAACGCGAUGUUCGGAGUGAAGUGAGCGAUUUUUAGCAAUCAACGUUGUCGUUCAAUACAAUCGAUCUCGAUCCCAAUCUUAACAGGAAUUGUAUUGCAUCAUCUUUUUACCACGUUUUCGUAUACCGAGCGAUCAUAUUUUUUUUCAGCAAAAGUGAAUUUAAACAAUUCAGUACUUGUUUAUAUAAUUAGUCAGCAAGAUGGCAAGCGACAAUGAGCUAUUUAACAGGCGGAAAUAUGUGAAAGGCUCGAUGACGCGCCUACGCAACUCGCUAACGUCGGAAUUCCUCGCGUCCGCAUCCGAACAAAUGUUACGCACGAAGCAAGAACAUGCCCAGUCCAUCUUCAAGGAGUAUAUAGACCUGACUGUUCAGGUCAACGACGACCAUGAUCCCACUCCUGUUGAAGAGGCGUACUUUGUGUGUAUGGACUUACUGCGCACUACUUUGCAGUCAAGAUUCGGGACGACGGCGGCGGCGGCAAAGCCAAGUGGCGGUUCUAAUAACGUCACGUCUAAGUUAAAACUCCCUGAUAUUCAAAUUCCACCAUUCGACGGCAAGUACCUAGAAUACAAACCAUUCAUCGAAUUGUUUACGGCGCUUGUGCAUAACGAUUCUAACAUUGUUGACAUUCAAAAGUUUGUGUAUUUACGUGGUUUUCUAAAAGGAGAAGCCUUCGAUCUUAUUAAUAAUUUACCAAUACAAGGCUCAAGUUACAGUGAAGCAUUGACAAUCCUGCGUGAUCGAUAUGAUAAUAGUCACAAAAUUGUAUUUGAACAUAUAUCCAAGUUAUUGGAUCUUGCCUCGAUACCCAGGCCAAAUGUAACCAUGUUACGUAAUUUAAUUUCUGUUGCAAAACAGCAUGUAGCAGCUCUAAAAAAUUUAAAUGAACCCGUUGACAAAUGGGACAGCAUACUUGUAUGCAUUCUAUCUCGCAAACUCGACCCAGUCACUAAUAGAGCUUACUGUUUGGAUAGGAACUCAUCUCAAUCCCCAACUUUUACAGAUUUCAUAAAAUAUCUUGAAACAAGAGCUCUAGCUCUCGAAAACUCGAGCAACAAUGAUGUCAUCGGCGCUAGGAAAGUACAAGCUACUGCUGCAGUAACAAAUAAUCAUGUAGCUAAGUGCUAUUACUGUGGCGUUGCUGCCCCAGCUUGAGGACCAGCACAAUGAGCUCAGCGAUCCCGCGACACCCCGACUCGUUCACACGCAGUUUGGUUAUUUGGUUGCAGGAAAAGUCCCCGUACAGUCUCCCCAUGAACUUCAGAGUACCCCUG